UUCCUCGUGGUUGCAGCGAUCCAUUGGAGGACUGUUUCCAACAUGGUGGACGCAAUCAUCUGCUGUUAUGUAGACAUCUUUGUCAUCUGGGAACUGUCCAUUUGUUACAAGCGCAGUUGACAGGAAUGAAAACAGUUCUGUCUUAUUAUCCUCAUUUGCCAGAAAUGCCUGCCAAUCUCUUGGGACUUUGGCAGUGCCAGAGAUGCGUUGUCGGGUGCCUGAUCCUCGCUUUUCUCUUGUUCCUCCUUUGAUUGUCAAAGCACGAUACUGGUCCCAGACGAUGUCCACUCGUGUUGAUCUUUUCAGGUCACGUUGAACUCUUGGGCAGAACACCUAGCUCCUAGCUAUGUUUGUGCUAUAGGGAUAUUCUGAACACCAAUCUUAAAUCCAGUCGAGUCAUUACACAGCCUUUAUUUACAAUAACUUUAAAAAUCAUGUUUCAUAGCAACUUUGAGGACAUUUCCAGACUUUAUCUCCAAAAAAAGCAUAAUUUCGCUUGUGUCCAUGUAAUAUUUUGGGAUAAAAGUGUAUUUAUUUUUAUCUGGUCACCAAAUGCUUGGUAUACCUGUUUCUCCUUUUAAUUCUGAAUCCAUACAUACCUCAUAUGUUAAAAUUGGAUAAUCUAAUCAAAAGUUGUAGCAGUUUACAUAUUUUGCGGCGCCCCCUAGAGGCCAUUUUUCAUCUGUGUGUUUGACACUCGGACUCAAAUUUUUCUGUAGACCCUAAACUUCAACUUGGAAGUGAAAACCAAACUUUAACACGAAUUUGAAAUGACUGAGCCUUAUACGACCCCACUAUAACCACUACACUACAGAAACAGAUGUUAGAUCAGCAUCUAGCUAGCAGACUAAAUGUAUUUCCCUCUGUCCUUAUGGGUGCGUGUGUGUGUGUGUGUGUGUGUGUAUAAGGCUUUAACAUUAAAAAAUAUGGAAAAAGUGAAUCUCUGUGAAACCUUUCUGGAUGCGCUGUAUAUAUUUUCAUUGGCUGCUACAGAGGAGGAAGUUUAUUCACGUGGGAUUGUUUGUUUCUUUGGACUUCGUUUUUGUUCCUCUUUGUUUGCAAAAGAAUAAGUUUUGUAAAUCACAAGUUGAGCUGAAAACCCACUCGGGUCACUCGAGGAGAGGUUGCCACGCAACAAGAGACGCAAUCGACCCUGUGAUUCCCCGCUGGACUCUUGAGCAACACCUCCGAGUGGGGUUUUCAACUUGCAGUCAACUGUUUUUGAAAGUUAAAGACAGUGUGGCGUUUGGUGUGUGACGAGAUCCAUCAUGAACACGUAUUUCAAGUCAAGUUCCAACUUUUAACAUGACAUUAGAUGGUUAAAGAGUAAACAUAAGAUAUUCAUUUUAUGUAUGCAAAAAUCCACAAUGUAUGCAAUACAAUAAAUUUAAUACAAAUUUAAUAAUAAAUAAAAUAAAAACAUGCAAUCAUUAAGAGAAAAACAUAUCAAAGUUAACACAAAUGACUUUUGGCAUAAAAUGUAAGUGGAUAAGAGUAAAAACCCAAAUAUGUGUGUUUGAGUGUUUAUGAUUUUACAUUGCGUAAUUUCAGAGCGAAAAGUUUUUCUUUUACGAUUUUCUAUUCAGAUUUGGAAGAACUAGUCCGAUCUUUUAUUUAAAUGACAUUCAGACUCGUGUUCCGUGAAGAUUUGGAGGAGAAAAGUCUUAACGACUCUUAUGAGUGUGUUGUUAUGAGCUGCCGCCAUGUUGAGAGCCAUGUGGAGUCAACAGAUCUGUUCUGAAUUUAGCAUCUUUUAAGUACAGGUAGAAAUACUCUUUUUAAAAGUACCCUAAGUAACCUAAAGGUAGCAAAAGUAAAUAUAUAUUUUAUUAUGUUUUAUAUUAAUGACGGAUUAAUAUGUUCAUCACUUUAAUGUUGCAGCUAAUACAUCAUCGGCUUACAUUAUACCAUAUUACCACAAAAUUAAGGAAUAUCCAACUUCAAACAUGUACUUAAUUAAACGUGUUGAGCAACUUUAUCAUCAUCAUCAUUAUUCCAACAGAUGUUGAGUGAAAGAAAAAGUAUUUCGCUUUUUUCCCUCUGUGAUGAAGUUACCAGACUUUCGUCAACGUGUAAAGAGGAACUGACACACACACACACACACACACACACAUAGAGUAUAAAAGCCUGUGUGUGUGUGUUGCGUGUCAUCUCAGCUCAGCAUGGGCGAGACCUACGUCCGACACGUCGAGCUCUUGGGCUUCGAGAAACGCUCCUACCCGAGUAAGCAUUACGUGUACAUGCUGAUGGCGAAAUGGAGCGACCUGUCGGAGAAGCUGAUCUACAGGACGUAUCCGGAGAUCUACACCCUCCACAAAUUGCUGAAGGAGAUGUUCCCCAUCGAGUCGGGUGAGAUAGAAAAAAAGGACAGAAUCAUCCCAUCAUUACCAGCGUGGCGGUGGCUGCUCAGCCAGAAGUCCCCAGAAACCAGGCAGAGCACGUUGGCCGAGUACUUCCACUCGCUCAUCGACCUGCCGCCUCACAUCUCCCGCUGCCGGCAGCUCGGCCUCUUCCUGCGCGUCCGGCCCGAGGACGAGAACCCGCCCGCCGCCAACACGCUAAAGAGGAACGAGACGUUCGUGGUUUCCAGGGAGUUGGCCAGAGGAAACGCUUCCGAGAUUUCUGGCCCCAUCCUGUUGGACACGUACCGAGUGAUCGCCGACUUCACCAAGACGUCCAAGCACGAGAUCGACCUGCGCGCCGGAGACCUGUUGGAGAUCGUGGAGAAGAACCAGAACGGUUGGUGGUUCUGCCUGGGCGAGUCUAAGUGCGGUUGGGUUCCUGCUUCCUACAUGGAGCCCCUGGACGGACCGGAGGAGGCCGAGGAAGACGAGCCAGACUACGAAGGAGAAACGUUCGUCACCAGUAAAUCCUACGAGGCGGAGCAGAGCGACGAGAUCUCUCUGGAGGCCGGAGAAACCAUCUCAGUCAUCCACAAGCUGCUGGACGGCUGGUGGGUCGUCAGGAAAGGAGACGAGACCGGCCACUUCCCCUCCAUGUUCCUGCUCCGGGCCGGCAAGCAGGAGCUCCACGAAGCGGAGAGGAUGAACCUGCAGGCGCAUAAACCGCCGCCUCGCAGGUCCACCAUCCGAAAUGCCAAGAGCAUCCACAACAAGGCCCGCCGGCGGCUCAGCCAGGACAGCUACCGCAGGAACAGCCGCCGCUACCUCCAGCAGAGAGGCGGGAACCUCAAGAACGCCGCCAAGUCGCCGCUGAGGGAGAGGAAGAACCAGGACAACAUUCCCGAGAUGUCCGGCUCCGGUUCGGAGAGCGAGCCGAGGAAGGCGGCUCCGGUCAUCCCCCCCCGGCCGAGUCCGGAGCUCAUCAUGGAGCGCUGCAGCGACAACACCCGCAAAAAAGUCAGCAUCCACAGGUCCGACCGCUAGCGGCGGGACUCACCGCCAAAUUGUGACUUUAGAGUAAAACCGAUAACGUGUUCUAUGUUACCAAAACCAACAAUGUGUUAUAAAGAAAUAAAGCUCCGGAGGGAGGUAAUAUUCAGGUAAAGAAAAAUAAACAGAGACAUUAUCUGAGAUUAAAGUGGUUACAUUUUAUGAGAAAAACACUUGAAUCUAAAACACAGUAAGCCUGGUGAUCCGUGGUUGAGCCAACCUUGUAGAGUGAAGCCAUGGGAUUUAUUAUUUAUUUCUUCUUGUAAAUUUCAGAUAAUUUCAAAGUUUGAAUUUUUUAUUUUUAACUUUCGAUUUUUAACUUUCUUUAUUUUGUUCUAUAUAUUUUUUUAGUGGAAGUUAUAUAUACGACUUUCUAUAUUUUUUCAAAUAAUGUUUUUUUUUUUACAUUUAAGAGAAUCGUUUUUGCAAAUGUUUCACUUCAUAAUCUCACAACAUUUUUAUCUCGUAUAUUUCAGUUUUAUUCUUUUAAAAGUACAACUUUAAUCUCAGUCUUAUUCAGAUAUUUAUGAUGUUAUAAUAAUAGAUAAAUAAUUCUUGUAUUUUUUCUAUGAAUUUAUUGCUUGAAUCUUGGAAAUUCUACCUUUUUCUUUUGCAAAUCUAUGAAAGUAUAUUUUUUCUAAUUCUUUCAAAUUAAUGACUUUAACAUAUCAGAGAAUUUGUAAGUUAAAUGUAAAACUUAAAUUGGUUCUCUGAAUAUUAUCCCCUUCCCAAGCUACAUAUUUAUUAUCUUUUUAUUUAUUAAGUCACAAUAAAUAUAAUUAUUUUGGUUCCUUAUGAAGAUGUUACAUUUUUAAAUGCAUUUUAUUAAAUAAAAAAGAGUCAAAAGUACCUUAAGUGUAUGUGUUCAUGGGGAUGAAGGUUCAUUGAUGUGCUUUAAAUGGAGCACGGAGGAAGAAGAGAAGAAUACAAAUAUCAACAGAUCAACACUUUGACUUUGCUGCUAUCUGGUGGUCUUAUCCAGAAUCUCAACUCACACUUUCUAAAUGUUCAAAAACAAAAUAUCCUGGUUGUUUAUCGUUUUCUCCAGCAAAAAAUGUUGUGAUCCCAAUGUUACUUUAAAAAAAAGAACAUUAAUCUUAUAAUCUGUCAUUUAGUGAUCAGCACAUGAUAAUAUUUGUAAAAAAAUGUGCUGUUUUCUUCUAAAUAACUAUGAUUAUCUUGAGAUCAUUAGAAGUUCUCAAAUUUUUGGGAAACCUUAUAUAUAUUUGUGUAUAUAUUUGUUUUAUGCCGGACUAUUUCUUGACGCUGUUCGUCAACCAGUGGAGACUCCAGUGAGCUUUGGAGGAGCUGGUCAGUCGGUUUUGUUACCUUUUGGACCGCCAGGCUAACCGUUUCCCCCCGUUUCCAGUCAUUGUGCUAAACUAAGCUAACUGUGUGUGUGCCCUGAUAUGUCUUUAGAAAGAGAAUACACAUAUUUCACAACAUCAACGUCCAACUCUAAACCUUAUUUUUUAGUUAAAGUUGAAGUCACAUUGUGAUUAAAAUGAUUGAUUCUGAGAAAAAUAAUUACAUUUAUGUUCUUUAUUUGCUCAAUGAAUGUAUAAUAAAACGUUUAUUUUGCAAAGAAUUAUCUGCACACACUUUGGCUUUGAAUUAAAGAUUAUCUGCUUCCAAAAUA